UGGCUAGAUUUCAUGAAACUUGCCUUUUGGUCACAACUUACAACCCACCAACUCAAGGUUUCCAUAUUCCCCUGUUAUAAUGUUCCCUACUCUUCCGCUAUCCCUCUCGUGUCCCUCAAGCCUACUCAAAGAAUCUCAACCACAUUCCUUUACAAAUAGGGGUAUUGUUCAUUUCCCCACCUUAACUGCCAUAACUGCCAUUGUUGAAUGGAGUCUGUUGCCUCCAAUUCAUCGCCACCGGAGCAUCGGUUGCACCCCCGGUUUAAACCUACACAGCCUGUUGCAGACCGGAUAGUCAGAGCCAUCCGCCACCGCCUUCGUCUCCUUCAUCGCUCUGAGUCCAACUUCUUUGUGUUGGGCGCCACUGGGAAUGUGUAUACGGUGACUUUAUCCACCAACCCAUCAUGCACCUGCCCAGACAGGACAACACCCUGCAAGCAUAUUCUGUUUGUGUUCAUAAAGGUAUUGGGGGUCUCUCUUGAUGAUUCGUGUCUCAGGAGGAGGACUCUGAGGCCGUGCCUGCUUAGUCACCUGCUUAGCAAGCCUACAUCGCCUGAAGCAGUGGCAGGGGCUGGUGUUCGAGAGAGGUUUCAUCAGCUCUUCUUGCAGGCAAGGGAGGGCUCUUCCAGGCCGGCAAUUGAAAUAGAGGAUGGUACCAUGUGUCCUGUUUGUCUUGAUGAGAUGGGAAGAGGGGAGAAGGUGGUGGCUUGUGGAACAUGUAGGAAUCCCAUACAUGAGGAAUGCUUGUUGACGUGGAAGAGGACUAGAGGGAGGAGGUCAGCUAGCUGUGUCAUUUGUCGGGCCAGGUGGAGCAAUAGGACAGAUCAGGAGAGGUAUCUGAACCUGGCUGCUUAUGUUACUGAUGAUGAUGAGGUUGCUGAGGGAGAUGGGGGUCUCUGGGGUGAUUAGGGUUUACCAUCACCCAGUUCACCUGAAAAGGAAGAACAAGAAAUGCCGUGGAUGAAUGUUAUCUGUAUAUACAUGCACAACAUAAUGAAAAUUUGAAAAAAAAAAAAAGUGUUUUAUGGUUCAA